GAGUCGUAUUUGAUUGGAGACGAAGGAGCACUGAAGGAGCAGAGCAGAAAGUUGUUGUGACAUUUUUUUGGCAAGGCAAAACGCAAUGGCGCCAAAGAUGCCGCCAUUCUCGCAGCUCGACAAAAUGGCGACAAGGACAUCCAGUUGGCUCUGCCGCCUGCUGCUCGUCAGCCUCUGCAUUGGCGCCGCUGCAGCACGAGACAUUCCAUCUUCAUCAAUCCAUGGGAGCUCGCUGGCCCAAAGCGUGGACGUGGCCUUCUACUGUCCGGGCGAGGGUCUGUUUGCCGACGACUAUGACUGCCGCAUCUACUACCGCUGCGAGCAGCGCACGGAGCAGUACAUCCGGCCGUAUAUGCUCGCUUGUAAGGAGAACACGGUCUUCUCGCGCACCCUUCGCAUGUGCCUGCCCCCAACGAUGGCCGGGCGGGACGAGUGCGUGGACCAGUUGAACGAAAUUGACGGCAGCAUGGGGGCACUGGGUGACGGCUCGGAUGGCUAUGAUGGACUCGUCAAUGAUGGCCAAGAGGAUGACCAUAAUGCGCUGCUUAACGGUGCCGUCACACCCGCCGCCAAUGAGCUGCGCACCUAUGCGACGGCAAAUCAGCUGCCGACAAAUUACGGCCUGACAGGACUCAGUGGUGUUUCGGUCAUAUCCUUCUCGAGCUCCAGCUCAUCAUCUUUACGCGCCGCGGUGUCGGGGGAGGAGGGUGCCGAUGAGGUGGUGUGCCGGGAUGAUGGAUUUAUGAGUGAUCCCAGUGACUGCACCGUGUUUUAUCGCUGCAUCUCGAAUGGCAGGGGCUAUAAUAAAAUCGGUUUUCGCUGCUCGGACGGCACAGCCUGGGACGAAUCCCUACAGUCGUGCAACCAUAUGUUUGAUGUACGUGCUAAUGGCGGGUGCCGCAAUCAGGCCCAGUCCGAGCCCCAGAACGACGGCUAUUAUGCAGGCCAAACAUCAACACAGUCAUCGCAGUCCAGCCAUCAGAACUCCACGUCGUCGUCCAACAUGUCCAGCAGCCAGCAGAGCUCAUCGACGAGCUCCUCGUCCUCCCAAAGUUCAUCCACAUCAAGCUCUAGCUCGAGCUCAAACCAGGAGUCGUCCACGUCGAGCAGCAACCAGCAAUCGAGCACGAACAGCAACCAAAGCUCGGGAAGCAACCAAUCCAACGGAAGCUCUAGCAACAACCAGAACCAAAGCUCAGGCAGUAGCCAAAGCUCUGGCAGUAAUCAAAGCUCAGGAAACCACCAAUCGUCGAACAGUAAUCAAAGCUCGAGCAAUAAUCAAGGCUCUGGAAGCAAUCAAAGCUCUGGAAGCAAUCAAAGCUCUGGAAGCAAUCAAAGCUCUGGCAGCACUCAAUCCUCCAGCAAUAAUCAAGGUUCUGGCAGUAAUCAGAGCUCGUCCAGUGGUUCCAACAGCUCAUCCACCGAAGGAGGAGGCGUCAACAAACCCGUACCCACUGAAUGUGAGGAUGAAAACACGUACAUACCGGAUCAAAAAGAUUGCGCCAAGUUCUACAGAUGUCGUCUAGAUGGCAAUGGAAAUCUGGAGCAAGUGCCAUUUACCUGCGGACCCGGAACUGUAUGGAACCAAGAGGAGAAAGUCUGCGAUUUGCCUAGCGAAGACCAAAAGAAGCAAUGUAAUAUAGGAUCAGGCUCUACAAGUGGCCAACAAUCCAGUGGCAACAAUCAAAGUUCCUCAUCGAGCGGCAAUCAAUCGGGCAGUUCCAGCAGUUCCUCCUCCAGCAAUAAUAAUCAAUCAGGCAGCAGCCAGGAGAGCACUACCGCAUCAGGCAGCAAUCAGCAGUCCUCCAGCAAUCAAGGCUCAUCCAGCAACCAGUCAUCCACUCAAGGCAGCAAUCAAAACUCAUCAAGCAAUCAAUCUGCCAAUCAAGGCUCAUCUUCCUCGUCAACCUCCAACAAUCAGCAGAGCUCGACUACUUCAUCUUCCAACAAUCAGGGAUCAUCCACAAGCACUGAAAGUUCCAGCACUCAAGCAACUUCGACUUCGAAGCCAUCGAAUCCCGAAGGCGAAUGCAAGGAUACGGAAACAUAUUUGGCUGACAAGACAGAUUGCGGACGAUUCUAUCGCUGUGUAGAGAAUGGUAAUGGUGGUUUCGACACGGUACCCUUUGACUGUUCGCCGGGAACGGUUUGGGAUCCCGACACCAAGGGCUGCAACCAUCCAACGGAUGUGCAGAAGGAGCAAUGCAGGGCUAUGGCAAGUGGUAGUGGAAGUUCGUCCAAUCAAGGAUCAAGCAGCCAGGGAUCUUCUAGCCAAGGAUCAUCGUCAUCUUCUAACCAAGGAUCGUCGUCUUCCAACCAAGGAUCUUCGUCCUCUAACCAAGGAUCAUCGUCCUCUAACCAGGGCUCUUCGUCAUCUAACCAAGGAUCAUCGUCCUCCAACCAAGGAUCAUCAUCUUCUAACCAAGGAUCAUCGUCUUCCAACCAGGGAUCAUCGUCUUCCAACCAGGGAUCAUCGUCCUCUAACCAAGGAUCAUCGGCUUCGAACCAGGGAUCAUCGUCUUCCAACCAGGGAUCUUCAUCUUCCAACCAAGGAUCUUCGUCUUCCACCCAAGGAUCAUCGUCUGCUAAUAACCAAGGUUCUUCUUCCUCAACCGAAACUUCCAAUAACCAAGGAUCUACCUCUUCAAGCCAGGGUUCCUCCUCCAACCAGAGCUCUUCUUCAUCUACAGAAUCUAGCACUCAAGGAUCAUCAUCCUCUAAUCAGAGUUCUUCAGAGUCAUCAACGUCAAACCAAAGCUCAUCCUCAUCCACCGAAGGAUCUACAUCUACAACGACAACUCAGAAACCCUUCAAGCCAGCUGAAAAGUGCGAAAGUGAGGAAACAUUCCUUGCAGACAAAGAAAACUGUGCCAAAUUCUACCGCUGUGUGGACAAUGGUAAAGGAGGAUUCACGAAGGUAUCGUUCACCUGUCCGCCCAACACCCUCUGGGACCCAGAGGCCAACAGCUGCAACCAUCCCAGUCAAAUACAAAGCCAGCCGAUGAAAUGCAAAAAGGUCACAGGCUCCACAUCAUCCAAUAGCACAAGUUCCACAUCCGCUUCAACAACGGGAGGUUCCACAUCCAACAGCGGUUCCUCGUCGAACCAGGGCUCCUCCUCUACCAGUGGUUCCUCAUCAAGUGGCGGCUCCUCCUCUGGAAAUGAAUCAUCAACCUCAUCAUCCUCAACGUCAUCAUCGACAACCUCUUCAUCCACUAGUAAUAAUAAUAACAAUCAGGGGUCAUCUUCAUCGUCCUCUAGCAGUUCGAAUCAAGGAUCAAGCAGUAGCGGCAGCUCAUCAUCACCUUCAUCCAGUGUGGUCACUAGCCCCAUCCCAUCAAAUCCCUCAGAGACGUGCACACAAAAUGGACAGUUUAUUGGGGAUCAGACAAACUGCGCAAAGUUCUAUCGCUGCGUGGAUAACGACAGAGGAGGCUUCACCCUGAUUCCCUUCACUUGCGGUCCUGGCACGGUCUGGGAUGCUCAAAUCCAGAGCUGUAACCAUGCUUGGGCAGUCAAGGGAUGCGGUGGCUCCGCAACACCUUCGACGACACAAAGACCAACCACAAUUUCCACUUCCACAGCCCGACCUUCGACAUCUCGACCAUCAUCAUCCACAACUUCCACAUCGAGUCCUACCACAUCGCGUCCUACCUCAUCGGGACCUACCACAUCGCGACCUACGACAUCUCGACCAUCAUCAUCCACAACAUCCACGUCCCGACCUUCCACAUCGCGUCCUACCACAUCGCGUCCUACCUCAUCGGGACCUACCACAUCGCGACCUACGACAUCUCAACCAUCUCCAUCCUCAUCCACAUCUCGACCAACUUCGACGAGCUCCCCCAACACCGAUGGACAGUGCAGGUCCGAAGGAUUUAUGGCCGAUCCUAGCAACUGUUCCAAGUUCUAUCGUUGUGUUAGCAAUGGCAAAGGUGGGUUCACCCAGAUACCCUUCCAAUGUGGAGCCGGAACUGUCUGGGAUCAGGACCUUCAAACCUGCAACCACAACUUUAACAACUGCAAUACCACAAUAACAGCAGAGAGGCCUCCAUGUGAGACGACAAACGAGACAACGACGACCGAAGCAUCGACCCCAUCGACGACCACAAUGAUCCCAACAACACCCUCCACCACAACGGAAAUAACGACUACGACUAUUUCCCCGCCAAGCACUACCACAGAUAUACCCAGCACAACUAUGACAUCAACGACGGGAUCGGGAUCGGGAUCAACUGGCAGCACAGAAACCUCAGAGCCUGUAACUACCACGAUGAACCCAUCCACAACCACGAUGAAGCCGCUGCCAGCUGGUACGGAAUGUGAGGGCGAGGGUUACAUGGCGGAUCCCGAGGAUUGCCGAAAGUACUAUCGAUGCAUAAACGCUGGCAACUCCUACAGAAGGUACAACUUCACAUGCCCCCAGGGUACGGGAUGGAACGAAGAUGUCCAGACUUGUGAUUACAUGGCGAAUAUACCGAGGUGCUCAAAGUUACCGUCGACGACAACGGAGCCACCAACCACCAUGACCACGAUUUAUACAUCCACUACACCAACGGACACGGAGAGUACGGUGACUGAGAGCCCUAAGGAACCUGAGACGACAGCAACACCCAAACCAGAAGGUCCACCUACAACCACAGGAACUGAAAAACCCACCACAAAACCAACACCGGAAACAACCACAGGAACUGAAAAACCCACCACAAAACCGACACCGGAAACAACUACAGGAACUGAAAAACCCACCACAAAGCCGACACCGGAAACAACCACCGAAAGUGAAAAACCCACCCCAAAGCCUACCCCAGAACCAACCACAGAAACAACCAAUGUUUCGAAUGAAUCAACAACUGCUACAAAUCAAGAAGAUACGACUACAACAUCUAGUCCAGGCUAUAACCCCUCCACAACCACCGCAGAACCAACAACUACCAACAUUCCGGAGCCAGAGCCAGAAACGAACUACAACUGCACCGCAGAGGGCUUUUUCGCUGAUCCCGAAGACUGCAGUCACUACUAUCGCUGCGUGGAUGGUAGCAAGAAUGGGAAAUAUCAAGUAUACAGCUUCAAGUGCCCCAACGGUACGGUGUGGGAUACGUCUGCAGACACCUGUAACUAUGCGGAUCAAGUAUCGGGAAAUUGCUCUAGCUCUACUACAGGAUCACCCACUACAACUACAGUCUACCCGGAGGAGACCACUGAACCGAGCACUACUGGAUCCACCGAAACGACGACCCAGUCACCAAAGCCAGAAACGACAACCCAGUACCCAAAGCCAGAAACGACAACCCAGUCAUCAAAGCCAGAAACCACGACCCAGUCAUCAAAGCCAGAAACGACAACCCAGUCAGAAACCACGACUUCUACUUCCCCGAUCGACACAACAACUACUGGAACAACUGAACCCACAACGACGGAAGUAAUCACCACUACUUCAUCUACCCCAACAAGUAGUUCGAAUGGCACUCAGCCAUGUCCCACCACAGGCCCAGGACAGAAUUUGUACGUUUGCCCCACCGGCUUCCGACGCCACCCAGAAAACUGCGGCAUGUUCUAUCAGUGCAGCGAGAACGCGGACAGCAACGACCUGAACAUUGUGGUGUUCCAAUGCCCCAAUGGAACAGUAUACCAGGACAAGUCGUGUAGCUGCGGCAUGCCCGAGGCGGGCGACACCUGCAACAAGGGUCAGAAGAGGACUAACCCCAACCUGUUCGAGGCCCAAACGCGUCGCCAGAAUAUGGUACAAAUAAGCACCACAUCUCCACUUUGUCCCGACGAGGGACACUUUGCCCUGAACGAGGAUGAGUGCAGCCAGCUGUUCGUCAAGUGUGGACACUCGGAGCAGACGGGUCGCAUCGAAGGCCAAAUCUACCGCUGUCCGCAGGGCUUUGCCUACUGGAACGUGAGUCGCCGCUGCGAGCCAGCCAGGAAGCUGAUGAACUGCACCCCCACCACCUACAAUGUGGGCGGCAACGUGCCGCUGGAGUGGCUCAACAUUGGCCAUAGGCGUCGCAGUCUGCGUAUUUAAGUAGUAUUAGUUUAGUUUUUCUAAAAGAUCCGCAAUUGCUUGCUGCGCCAGCGUCAUCGUCCGAGGUGAACAGCUGGCGCAGCAAAUGAUCGGUCAGAAGUGUUAGAUUAAGCCGUAGGAAAAUUACAGUACGUUAAGCUGGGAUUAAUACAAAAAUAUCUGGUGUCGGUAAAGUUAGUGAUUGGCCAAAUCACACAGUUGAUGUGCAAGCCCUGGGAUUUACAUUAACAUUUAUGUAGUGUUUAAAGCAUUUCAAUAAACUAUUUUUUUUAGAUUUCUUUCUACAUUUGACAGGCAGUAAAUAAUAAUUGUACUCACAUAUGUAUAUAUUUGUAAACAUAUGUACGUCCAGAAAGCCAUAUACAUAUAUCUAAGCUAUGCUUAAAAUUUGUAAUAAAUAUAAUAUAAAGAAAA